AUGGGCUCUGUACCCGUCGUCGACAAUGUCAAGAUUCCCUGGAUCAAGACACCAUGCAUCUACAGUCCCGAGGUGUCUCGCGCGGCCGGAUGCAACAUCUACCUCAAGCUAGAUAACCUCCAGCCAAGCGGCUCCUUCAAGUCCCGCGGCGUCGGAAACCUGAUGACUCGCGCCAUGGCCCGCGGCACGCCAGACGCCCACUUCUACUGCUCCUCCGAAGGCAACGCGGGUCUCGCUUGCGCGACGUGCGCAAACACGCUCGGCCGUCCGGCAACCAUUGCCGUGCCCACAACCGUCUCGCCGCUGAUGAAGAAGAAGCUGCUGGCCCUGGGCGCUGCGGUGCACGAGGUAGGCUCCGUCUGGAGCGAGGCAGACGCCUACCUGCGGGGCGAGCUGCUCGCCAACGACCCGGCGGGCGUGUACGUGCCCCCCUUCGACCACCCGGACAUCUGGGACGGGGUGGCCAGCGUGGUGGGCGAGCUGCGCGAGCAGCUGGCCGGCGUACCCCUGCACGCCGUCGUCUGCUCCGUCGGCGGCGGCGGGCUGGUCAACGGGCUGAUGAAGGGCGUCGACGAGGAAUCGGAGUGGCCGCCCGCCCCGCAGGGACAGGGCCCGGGAAGGAAGCCCACCGUGCUGGCUGUCGAGACGGUGGGCGCUGACUCGCUCAACGCCAGCGUCCGCGCGGGGGAGCACGUCAGUCUCCCGGGGAUAACGUCCAUCGCCCAGUCGUUGGGGGCGUCGCGCGUGUCUGACGAGACGUGGCGAUGGUGGCUGCAGCGCGGCAGCGGCAGCGGCGCCGUCCUCGUCAGCCAUGCCUUGUCCGAUGCCGACGCCGCCGUGGCGACGGUGCGCUUCGCCGAUGACACGCGCCAGAUGGUCGAGGUGGCGUGCGGGGCCUCCGUCGCCGUCGCGUACAAUGGGGAUCUGCGCCGUCGCGUGGGCCAGGACCUCUCGGACGAGGAGUGGGCCGCGUGCAACGUCGUCGUAGAGGUGUGCGGUGGAUCCGCCGUGUCGCUCGACGUCCUGGAGGCUUAUCGUAGGGAUUAUGCCGCUUCUAGUAGCAUCAAGCUGGAUUGA